CCAUGGCGGCGGCGGCCGGGGUCCCGGAGGCGGGGCUGGAGGUGGCCCUGCAGGUGGCCGAGGCCCUGGAGAGCAUCGUGAGCUGCUGCCUGGGGCCCGAGGGGCGGCCGGUGCUGUGUGUGAAGGCGGCCGGACAGGCGCUCUGCAGCCGCGACGGGGCCUACAUCCUCCAGGCGCUGCGUCUGGACCAUCCCGUAGCCAGGCUGAUCGUGUCGUGCGUGUCCGACCAUCGGAGAGCGACCGGCGACGGGGCCAAAAGCUUCAUCCUCCUCCUGUGCGGGUUGCUCCGAGGCCUGCGGGCGAUCCCGGCCCGCCGCCGGGGGAAGCGACUGGCCCGAGCCCUGCGGGCGUUCGAGGCGCGCGUCCUGGACGGCCUCGUGGCCCGACACCUGCCCCGACACACCCUGUCCCUCUUUGCCUCCGACCGGGCGGAGGCGGGGUGUCGCGGGGCCGCCGCGGAGUCCCUCCUGCGAGCCUACUUCCGCGGCCGGCUGGGGUCGGACAGCCGGGACUUGGUCUCCCGGCUGAGCUGGGACUUCGUGUCCCGCUGCGCGCCCCGCCGGGGCCCGGAGGCCGAAACGCUCGGCCUGCUCGAAGAGCAUUUCGAGGAACUGCAGAGUAGCGCCGUGGGGCUUCCCCUGUCGAGCUCCAGGGUGGUGGAGGGGCUGGUCCUCCGCCGGGACUUCUCGGUGUACUGCCCGGGGGCGGCCGGGAUGCGGAUGGCCGUGGUGACGGGCCCCGUCCGGCCCCCUCUCGCCGUCCGCGGGUCGGAGCUGGCCGUUGAUUCGGAAGCCCGGUGGACGGCUUCCCGGCUCCGGGCCGCGGAGAGGGUCGGGGUGGCGAUGGGACGCCUGAGGAGCCGGGACGUGAGAUUGCUCCUGUCCGGCGUCGAGCAGCGGGAUCCGGUCCUUCAUUUCGCGCGGCUGAACGGGAUAUCGGUGGUGGACUCUCUGUCCCCCGAAGAGAUUUCCCUUCUCCUUAGGGUGACGGGCAUCUCCCCCCUCGCCCCGUCCCACACCGACGGGUGGGACGACGCGCCUCGCGGCAGCACCGCCGUCAUGAAGUUCUGUCAGCCCCUGCUCCUCGGCUCCCGGAGGUACGUUCACCUCGGGUUGCCCGGCCUGCGGGCCUUCGCCCCGCAUCACGCCAUCCUCUGCGGGCCGGUCCAGGGUCUCACGGAGCAGCUCGUCUCUGCCCUCCACGGAGCUUUUAAAAUGCUCCGACACUCCCUGACGCCCCUCGGCCUGAGUUUUAAAUGGGACGGUUCGGACGAAGACCCGACUGAGACCCCGGAGACCCCGCGGCCUCCUCGGCGCCCGGGAGGACGGUCUGACGUAGAGCCAGAGGCCUGCGAAAGGGAACGGGAAGGCGGCCCCGAACCCGAGCGGGACCCGGAAUCCCCGGUCGAGGCCGGCGAGGUAGAAGGCCGGGUUUCGAAUCCGGGCCUAACAGGUGAACGCAGAGGUCGGUGUGACCCCGAGUCCCAGGGGUUUAAGGAUCCCGCCGCGCUUUGGGAAAAUGACGAACCCCUUGUGAGGGUCCAGAGAAACGGCAGUAGUAAUUCCCCUUCAGGAAGUACCUGCGGAGGGGUCGCUUCCGACCGGCCAAGAGACGGUCGACAUUCUUGUAAAAUGAGCUGUCCGUCCACCGGACUUACCUCCAGAGAGAUGCGUAAUGACGCGGGGCAGGCUUAUUCUUCCUCAUUUAUACCGGCGGGCUCUGUUUUGCCCGUAGGCGGCGACUUUGAAAUUUUAUUGCAUCAUUAUUUACUUAACUAUUCCAGGCAGUAUCGACAGUCCGAGGUAACUAUGGUUUGUUCGUUAAUUGCCAACGCGCUCCUCACCAUUCCCCAAAAUCUCAAUAAGACCAAAAAGAGAAGGUUUCUCCAGAUCCAUCACAUCCGAGCUCAACAGGCCCUCCUUGCAGAGUCACGGAUGUUAGCACUUGAAACGGGCCUGGAAUCGGUGGCCUGCAAAUAUCAGUUACUCUCCUCAGUUCUUCACUGUUUUACAAAGCUGCUAUCCAUUGACUUAGUGAUCAGCAUUAAGAGGCAACCUCAGCCGAUUAAGGAUAAAGACUCAGAUGAUGAGCUCUAAAAGUUGGCAUUUUCCUUGUAACCGUCUCGCGAGAUGUGAUGCACCAAUGCUCUACAGAGUGUAACCCGUAAGUAGAUCCUAACAAAUUUGUAUUGUAAAGACUCCAAUAAAAGCAUCAAAUGUUGAACACUA